CAAAGUGUUUUGUACAUUUGGCUUUCAUAAUAUACCUUUCAGCUUCAAUAAGUAAAAGGAUUAUUGACCAUAAACCUAGCAUUUUGACUCAGAAGGAUUUACAUCAGCACAAAGCAUGAAACAGUUUUCUAAGUGACCCCAAAUCCAUGCCGCUUUAGUAAGACCAGGCAGAACCACAACUCGGCAAUAAACAGACAAGCUUCAGGGUCUCGGGGAUGGGGAAAACGGGGGUCUGGGUUUAGCUGACUCAGGAAGCACUUCCCAGAAGUGACGAAUUCACUGACGAAUGUGCAUAGGAAUCCCCAACACUACAAGCAAAGCCAUGUCUUUGGUUUCAAGGUGGCCACACUAGGCUAGGCACCAGUGAUCACCGUGGAAACCCACCAGAGAAAUAUAACUGUAGCAGGAAAGAACAGCUGUUCGGAGUUCCAUGGACCAAACACAGAGGAGAAUCCUGGGCCAGCCCCCUGCCAUCCCUCCUUCCCAGCCCAAGAGGAAAAGGACGUCAGUGAUAUCUUUCUUUUCCAAGGUCUCCAGGAAACUCAGAUUCCAGAAGCGGGAGCCUCUGAAGAAUGUGUUUUUCAUCUUGGCAGAAAGAGCCCGGGACCCCAGCGCUAAAAAGCGGCGCAUGGCCAUGAGAGGCCUCGGCACCAUGGCCUGUGAAGCCCCCAACAAGGUGAGAAAGUAUAAGAAACUUGUUCUAGACCUGCUGGUGCAUGGAUUGUAUGACCCUGUGAGCUCUGAAGUCAUCCACGAGAGUGUGAAGACUCUGAUCAUCAUGCUGGGGAAGACCCAGGGGAAAGGCUUGGGGUCCUUCUUCAUAGACAUCACCCUGCAGACCAGGACGCUGUUAGAUGACGAAAACGACGGUCUGAGAUACUCCGCCUUUGUUUUGUUUGGGCAAUUGGCUGCCUUUGCUGGGCGGAAAUGGAAGAAAUUUUUCACCAGUCAGGUUAAGCAGACACGAGAUUCCCUCCUGAUCCAUUUACAGGAUCGGAACCCCCAGGUUGCUAAGGCUUGCAAAACAACUUUUCGAGCCUGUUCUCCGUAUCUGAAACUAAGGAAGGAAUACAGCUUCCAGAGCGAGGACGAUCAAAGGAACCCUAAACUCUGCCGGCAGCUGAGCCACUACCACCCAGAGCUCCUGCAGUUCUUCUAUGCAAAUAAAAUUCUGUAAACAUGGAGCAGCAGAGAGGUGAUUCCAUGUGAACACAUUGCCAGGGACCUCAAGUUCCUCUGUUUUAUCUCAUUGGAUGCCUCUUCUACUUGCUUCUUGUGAGUGCACUACAAAAGGGGAUGUUAGGAGAGCAAUCAAUGGAAAAAAAAAUACUAUGGAAUUGUAUCAUUAUAUCUAAAGUAAAAUUCUAAAUCGCUUUCCCUUAUCUCAUUUUCUUUCCAUACAAAUUUCAUGAGCAAGUAUACGUUUUCUUUAAAACAUUUCAAAUGUUUGUAGAUUUAUUGCUUAUGUCUUAGCUUUUUCCUGUUUUAAAGUCAUCUCUGUUACCUAUCCUUUAUUUUUAAUAUUUAAUUUCUGAGGCUCAGGAAAAUAACUGUUACCUUAAGGGUUUUUCAAAUGUAUUUGCUAUUGUUACUUUCCUGUUAAUAUUUGCUAUUGAUACCUUUCCUUGCAAAAGACUUAUUUACAGUUGGCCAAGACACCAAGAAGGUGAUUGCAGGCAUAUCUUUAACUUCUCAUAAUUUUAAACAGUCAUUGCCUCCAAAGUUAUCCUAAACAAGAAUUAAUAAAGAGAAAAAAUCUAUACAGCAUGUGUUGAAAAUCCUGAGGCUGAUGGUAAUUUGUGGAAUAAUAAUAAUAGUAUGUAAUGUUUAUUGAGAGUAUUUACCAUUUAGCAGGCACUAUUGAAGAGCUUUUUGAAAGUACUAUUUGAUACUCACAACAACCCUAUGAGAUAGGUACUCAUUAUUAACCUCAUUUUAUAGAUGAGAAAACCAAGGUGCAGGGAAAUUAAGUGUUAAUAACUUGUCCAAGAUAACUCAGUACAUGAAGGAGCCAGAAUUCAAAUUCCUAUGGUUGGACGUCUUGAGCUCACUCUCAAUAACCAGACAGUCCUGCCUCUUCAUGGGACCAUUGAUGGAUGGUCAGAAAUGUAAAAAGCAAAAUAAAACCAACAAACUGAAACAA